AUGCCAGAACCAAUUGAUAUCACCGACAGCACCGAUUGGCUCCCAACACCACUCAACCCUCUUGCGCAACUCGAAUCGUCCCUUCGAUGUCAAGUAUGCAAGGACUUCUUCACAACACCAAUGAUGACCAGCUGCUCUCAUACGUUCUGCAGUCUGUGUAUACGAAGAUACCUAUCUCAAGAAGGAAAAUGUCCCGCUUGCCGAGAAUCAGAUCAAGAAAUCAAACUGCGGCGGAACUGGGUGGUUGAAGAACUCGUCACCAAUUUCAAGACCUCGAGGCCGGGUCUGCUAGAAUUCGCCCAAAAAGCUGCUCGAUCUCAGACAGAUGAUCAGGGCGAGAUAGAAAGACCGUUGAAGAGGCGGAAAGUUGAGCAACCUACAACCAAUGGAACAGAAAGACGGAGCACCAGGAGUCAGAGCAAGAGGACGUUAACACCAAAUGAACAGGAUGGUAGCGGGUCUAUUCCGGAGGUCAUUGCCGACAGCGAAGAAGAAGGCAGUGAGUAUGACGACGCAGCUGUGGGUAGUGUUGGUAGUCCGCCAUCACAUCCCUCUGCGAAAGAACCUAACGAUGGUCGAGUCGCCUGUCCAUGUUGCCACCGACGAAUGAAAGAAUCACUGAUAAAUUCACAUCUGGACAAAUGUAUUGCAGGCGAAAGUUCGACACCCAUCGAGGAGAAAUCCAACCCUGCACUCCAAUUGGCAACACCAGGAAGCAUAGCAUAUAGUCUGCCAAAGCCAUCCUCGAAUCAGCAAGCUCGUCUUCCCUUUCUCAACUACUCUCUCCUAAAUGACGCUGCACUUCGUAAGAAAUUGCGAGAGCUUGGGAUCCCCAAUGGGGGUACCCAAACACACAUGCGCCGACGUCAUAUGGAAUGGGUCAAUUUAUGGAAUGCAAACUGCGACUCUACGAGUCCUGUAGCAAAGCAACAGCUCUUGAAGUACUUGAAAAACUGGGAAGAUAGCUUGACCAAACAGGCCGAUCGAGGAUUGGUGCCAUCAUCAGGAUUCAUGGCCAAGGAUUUUGAUCGCGAGGGGCAUCUGAAGAAACAAAAAGAUAAUUUCAAUGAUCUGAUCCGUCAGGCAAGGCAGAAGCGGCUGGUCCAGAAACAAGCUCAAUCCCACAAAGUGGAAAAUGACGCCGAUGAUGAAAAUGGGGGAUCGCCCUCUAAUGCUCAAGUGGUGAACUCUUAUCAUCAUGAAGACACGCGACAACAGAACGCACUGGACAUAACCACUUCCCAGCCCAUGCAUUCUCCAUAUGACCUCAAGCCACCACCUUUAGCCGGCAAGCUUCCACAACACGCGGCAUCCUCAAACAUUUCAACCCAGAAUCAUCAUUUUUCAGUAGAUGAACUGCCAAAUCAUGAUGGUCUAUCCAUUCAACCCCCGGCAGCACCUGAGUGGCAGCGAGAGCGUGACGAUGUAUAG